UCCCGAUCAGCUCUUCACACUUCUGCUGUAGCUGCUUCUGACUCGUGUCAUUUCCCGCUCCGCGUAGAGAGUCUCUCACCUCGUACUUUUCACCACCCUGCACAAUGAAGUUCCAAGUGUUGCUUGUACUGAUGGCUCUGACCUCUGUGGCUCUCGUCUCCGGGGAAAGGUUUAGCUCCCUCAAGAACCAGAUCAAACAGCUGCGGGAGGAUGUCCGUGGACUACACGAGGACUUGGAAGAGUGUACAGCUGAGCUGCAAGCGAGACUGGACGAACUGGGAACCACUGCAGCAGGACAGGACGCCGCUACUACUGCGUCUGCGGAAAUUGUAACAGACGUUACAGACCCUACCGAUUCCGGUGGUCAGAGUGGGAUGGAUGGGUCUCAGUUGUCCAGAAGCCAGCUAAGGAAAAUGCGCAAUGUCCUCCUGCACGCAAAAAACAACCUGACCGGUGACGUCAACGACUGCGAGGCCAUGCUGGACAGUCUGGACGACUGAACCUAGGGGUUGUGGACACGGCUUUCAUCAGGCCGGACUAUAAGGUGACUAGACUCUAUACGU